AUGGCCACCACGCUGCCCACCCUCACCCCGGAGCAACUGCAAGAGCUCAUACAGGGGCCUUCAGAUGUAGAAUGGAAAUACGACAUGCGGCACAAAUGCCAGGAGAUCCUGCCCGGCCUCUUCCUCGGGCCCUUCGUAAUAUCGAAACAACUCGACGCCCUCCAGCAGCUCGGCAUAACGCACAUCGUCUGCAUCAGAGACGCCAAGGAGGCCUUCUCCGUCAAGCCGCGCUUCCCGGACCACUUCGCCUACCUCACGCUCGACGUCGCCGACUCGGACGAGCAGAACCUCAUCCGGCUGUUCCCGGGCGCGCAGAGGUUCAUCAACGACGCGGUGGCCGGUGGCGGGCGCGUGCUGGUGCACUGCAACGGCGGGAUCUCGCUCAGCCCGGCGUUCGUGAUCAUGUUCGUGAUGCAGCACCAUCAGCUCGGAUGGGAGGACGCGCUGCAUUUCGUGCAGAACAGGCGGUACUGUAUAAGUCCGAAUGGCGGGUUCCUCACGCAGUUGAAGGAAUAUGAGAGUAUAUAUCGCGCGACGAUUGCCGUGCAGAAUAAUCCGAGGGCGCAGGGGCAGAGGGUGGUCAGCCGGCGGAAGAGGGAGGACGAGGAGGACGAGGACGAUGCGAUACGGGAAGACAAGCGCAUGAUGCUAGGGACUGACACGAACGGCAGCAACGAGCGUCAGACCGUCAGGCUCAAGCGCUCGUUCCAGCACACGCCCGAACCCGAUGCGGACGCGGCGAUGCGCACAGAAGACGACGACGCGAUGAUGAUGGACUCAUAA